AUGGAUACGCAAUAUAAGCAACUGUUUUUGGAACCCAAUGAAGAUGUGGACGAUUCCUAUACAUUCGUUGUAUCUAUUGUACCACUUCAGAUGACGACGUAUUCCGCUGAUGGUAGUAGUACAAGUAAAACUAUGGAGAAUAUACGGAAAAGGGUUAAAAUUAAGCUCGUAACCAAGUGGAAUGGCCGAUAUGGUGCUGAGGCUUAUAUAGCGAAGCCGGAAUUUAAAAACUGCACAAUUUUCUGUGAAAACUUAGUAACGAUUGAGCUUGGUAAACUUCAGAUCUGGUGGAACAAACCAAUAUAUGUGGGCGCAAGCUAUACUCAACUUGGCGAAAACCACCAUAUACAACUUUCACUAUGGCUAUAUGGUUAA